UAUAUAUAUAAUGACAAUGAUACCAUAUUACAGAUUGAUGCAGUAUGAUAAUGACAUCACUGUUCAAUGCGGAUUUACAAACACCUAUCUUGACAAUUUAAUGUAGGUCAAUAUAAAAACCAACAGGCUGCUGCAUUCUGAGGUCCAGCCAGGCCAGACAGCCUGUUAUCGUUAUCGGGUGGUGAUAGUGUUUCUUUUUCUAUACGUUAUCACAGACAGUCCAUGACAUUGCUCCUCAUCUAGAUACUAAUUAGUUAUCGCCAAUUCUGACCGAGUAUUGUCAGUGUGAAGAUACUUGGUAGUCUACCCGGGUGUUUACGGAGGCGAACAUCAAUGUAAGUAUACAGAACAUCAAUGUACGUAUACAGAACAUCAAUGUAAGUAUACAGAACAUCAAUGUACGUAUACAGAACAUCAAUGUACGUAUACAGAACAUCAAUGUACGUAUACAGAACAUCAAUGUACGUAUACAGAACAUCAAUGUAAGUAUACAGAACAUCAAUGUAAGUAUACAGAACAUCAAUGUAAGUGUACAGAACAUCAAUGUAAGUAUACAGAACAUCAAUGUAAGUAUACAGAACAUCAAUGUACGUAUACAGAACAUCAAUGUUAGUAUACUGAACAUCAAUGUAAGUAUACAGAACAUCAAUGUAAGUAUACAGAACAUCAAUGUAAGUAUACAGAACAUCAAUGUAAGUAUACAGAACAUCAAUGUUAGUAUACUGAACAUCAAUGUUAGUAUACAGAACAUCAAUGUAAGUAUACAGAACACCAAUGUAAGUAUACAGAACAUCAAUGUAAGUAUACAGAACAUCAAUGUAAGUAUACAGAACAUCAAUGUAAGUAUACAGAACAUCCACAGCAGGCCAGUUACAUAUUAUGUUAGUUUUUGUAGUUGUUUCACUUGCUUUGCCAUUUGACUCCUGAUUUACAAUAUAAACUUUUACAUAUUUAUUCAUAGAAAAUAAAAUAAUGUACGGAAUUAAAACUGAAUUAUUUUGAGUGGCUGGGCUACAAAUUGAAUAGCGUAGUCUCCUUUUUUCAGUGUUUGAUAUUUUAAAAACAUUUAUCGAUUUAUUGAUUAAUAUUUAUGUAUUCAAAUUCGACGAAUUCAAUAAUUCAUAUAACGUACAUGGUAAAACAUUUCAAACAUCAUGUUUACUCAGCCUUUAUCUGGUGGGAUGAAAAAACGAACUUGAUGUAUACAAUAUAAUUAAAAGUUGUAUAAUUGUUAUAAAGUACAUAAUUCAUUUUAUUUGCGUUACAUGAGUUUUGUUCUUAAGAUAGUAAAAUAGAAUGAAAAUUACCAUAUCGUUAAUACCAAGAAUUCGUACCUGGAUGAUAAUACAAGUAAACAACACCAGAAAUGUAAAACUAGUAUGAUCUUCCAACCAACUAUCCAGUCCCCAACUUACCCAACAGACUAUCAUGGCCUUUAUAUCCAAGAAAAUGGAUAGGAUUGGGUUGGAUACAUUGUGUGAGAAAAUAUCAACUUAAUUAAUAAUAUGACGCUCUCCAGUAUAUGUAAGAUGUGUGUGUUUUAGGUAAUAACAUUUUUAAAGAUAACGUGACAUUAUAUGUAAUGCAUAUUCAGAUGUGAUGUAUAUGUGUAUUAUAUUACGUUGUAUGAUAUAUAAAUAUAUGUUUGUGUUUGUAAUGUUAAGUGAUAUGUUGGAAACUUUACAAUAAAAAAGAAAUUGAGAAUCUGAGAGGCUGAACCAAAGGACUAUCACAACAUCAUUAUCCAGUCAUUCAUCCAAUCCCCAACCGACACAGAUACACACACGUCAAUAAUCCAGAAGGAAUGCUUACGACACCGUCUAUGACUGGGCAGUAGUAUGGCUAGGUAUACGGUUCUGGUAACUGGUGGGAACGGAUGUCUUGGACAACAUAUAGUGCGACUCCUCCAGGAAAAGGCAGACUUUGUCACCCAUAUCAAAGUCCUGGAUCUACGGAAAUUUUCCAAUCAGCUGAACUACAGAGGACGAAAGCCUGUGGAGGCAUUUGUCGGUGACGUCAUAGAUGAAGAAGUCAUAAAGAGCGCCACAAGUGGAGUGGACUGCGUGAUUCACGUAGCCAGUGUGGUGGAUGUUAGGAUGUUUCCGAACGAGGCCAACUUGUACAAGGUCAAUGUUACAGGCACAGAAAAACUUCUUCAAGUCUGCAUCAGGCAAAACGUCCGUGGCUUUGUGUACUGCAGUUCACAAACUGCUGUCAUGGGUUACGAGGAGAUCAUCGACUCCGACGAGACGCUUGUUAUACCGAAGAAAUUCCUAUUCGGACCGUAUGGCGUUACCAAACACUUAGCUGAACAGGUCGUAGAGAGCCAGAACGGUGCCAGCCUACCCGAUGGUGGUAGAAUGCAGACCUUGUCACUCAGACCUGUGACCAUGUACGGGGAACUCGACUGUCACUGGGUACCGAACUUCCUUCACUGGGCUAACCUGCUCGGUGGGACUAUGGUUCCGUUUGCCAAUGGAACCACACAGGCGGCAUACGCUGGCAACGUGGCGUGGGGGUUUGUAUGUGCGGUCAAGGCCGUGCGGGAAAACUCGGACCUUGGCGGGGAAACGUUCUUCAUGUGUGAUGACACUCCUAUGGCGAACAUGUUUGAACUAGUUGAUCCGUUUUUGAAAAGUUGUGGUUUCAAGUUGAUACCCUUUACAUCACCAUAUUGGUUAACCUAUUUGGCUGCGGUGCUUUUUAUUUGUAUAGCUUGGAUUGUCUCCCCUAUAUUCGAGAUCAACUCAAACUUUACACCGGCUUCUGCGAGGUUUAUGAACAUGAGAGUAAAUUCCGUAUAUUCGAAAGCUACUAAAAUGUUGAAUUACACACCUUUGUAUUCACACGAGGAAAGUCUCAGGCGGUCCAUACAGUACUACAAACAGCCUACCAUAUGGUGAAGGAGGGAUAACACUUAACUCAGGCGCGGCCAGUGUCAAUCAUGGGGCAGUCUCGUUCAAAACUGAUCCACGUAGAAAAAAAAUCAACAUUACGUGAACAGACAAAACUAAAAAUCACACAAAUGUAUUGGAAUGUUGUGAUUUUCUUCUUACAGUCACACAGUACUGAGUAUUUAUUUAUCUUUUUAUUUAUUACAAGCGUACUGAUCAUUGAAAUACUAUCUUUAUUUAUUACAAGCAUAUCCAUAUACAGUACUGGAUAUUGUGUGAAUCAUUUGAAUACUAUCUUUAUCUUUUACAAGCAUAUCCAUAUACAGUACUGCAUGGAUAUUGUGUGAAUCAUUACAAUACUAUCUUAACUUAUUUAUUACGAAUAUACUGAUUACUGAUAUAUAUUACUGGAUAUUGUGUUUAUUAUUGGAAUAUUAUCUUUAUUUAUCCUGUCUUUACAUUAUACAUGUACAGUUCCGACUUGUUUACUAAACAAAUCAUUUAAAACAAUAUUCAGUGUUGAACAUUAUACAAAUAAAACUGAUCACACUAACAUAUCACAUGUUAUUUGAGCAUUUUCCCUAUAAUGAUCCAUUUUCAUUUUUUCAAUUUAUUUGUUACAUAAGAAACCAAAUCAUGUAAGAUUAUAAUGAGAUCAUAUUUUUUGUACACAUUCUUAAUUGCAAAAAUAGUGUCACCUGAUUCCCGAUACAUAAGUCAGAUUGGUCGGUCAUGCCAAAAUGGUUACUUAAAAAAUUCAGGUUAGCUGGAUGUCUCUAAAAAUAGAUUGAUUAUGAGUUACCUUCCCAUGGUAUUGUCAAAUAGUGCAUAUCUCGCGCAAUUUUGAAACAUGACCAGCAAUAACUUAGAGUAUCAAAUUAUCGUAGUGUAGAGAAUAUAUUUUAAUGUAUAAGUUUGUGUUUGCUUGUGUAGUUUUCGCAAUAAUAAAUAAUGAAAUAUUUACAAAUGCUUCACAGAUUCUCUAUAUCGAUCGUUGCAUGGAGAUGUAACCGUUACUCAUUAAAGAAAUG